CUCUCUCACACACACACACAAUCCGUCGUCGUCCUUCGCCAGCGCCGCCGAACCCGCCAUAGCCGCCUCCCACCACCGGAGCACGCUGCCUCCCCGAAGGAGCUCUCCCCUCGCAGCCAUCGCCACAGCGUCCACCCUCGUCCCUCCCCUCCUCCGCUGCUAUCGGAUUGGCGGUGGAGUGGAGAUCGACCCUGUAUUGGAAUUCCCUUUGUUGGUAAGGAACCCUAAUUUGGUCGGAUGGGAUUUUCAUCUUCGACAACGCGCGCGAGAUCGAUCGACCUCAGCUGACGCGAAGGGAUUGGGAAGCCGAGGUGCGGGUGCAGCUGAUUUUCUAGGAAGAUUGGGGUUUCAGCUCAAACCCCCAUGCUCGACGCUGAGGACGACCCCGGCGGGAGAUGACGAGGAUCUUCGUGCAGCGCGGGGCCCCCGGCUCCUCGUCCAGCUCCGGCCGCUCGGGCUCGCAGCCAGCGCAGCAGCAGCCGGCAGCUCCUGCCCGGGAGGAGGAGCUGCCGCUGCAGCCUCAGCCGCAGCAGCCGCCGGAGCUUUUGGCCUCAGAUGAUAUAACCGAGCAUCUAAAUGAGGGCAGCGAAAACAGCAGCAGCAGCAAUAAGCCUUUGAGGCUGGAUGACCCCGUUUCGGAGAGCUCGAGCUCGGCGGAGGAGAGGGCUACAAGGGAGAAACCUCCUAAGGAUGACACUAAUGUAAUCAACUCCACUUUCUUGGUGGAGGAACUGAUAGGACUCCAGAUUCCUGAUGAGGUCGAGCACGGGAAUUCUGUGGCAUCAGGCACUGGUUCAUCACAGAUGGCGGGUGCAGCAUCACACCCACCGCAGCCGCCAGCUCCACCUCCAAAACCAACAUCUGGGAAUAAUGGGUUGCGGAGAAUGGGGUCUGGGAGUUCAAACAGUGUGCGGAUUGGAUCUUCAAGAAGGCCAGUAGCUUGGCCACCAGUGGCAGCCCGGACAUCUGCUUCAGGUUCUCGGCCUUCUUCACCUAGGUCACUGGUUGAUGGUGAAGGUUACAACAGUGCAGAUGAACAGGGUCCCUGUUAUGACUCGAGUUACGAUGAUUCGGAAAGGGACCGCAUGUUUGAGCAUGACCUAAGGCGGGUGAAAGGGUUGGAAAUCAGAAAGAUGGCGGAAGACGGUAACUGUCUAUUCAGAGCAGUUGCUGAUCAAGUUUAUGGAGAUGCAGAAGCUUAUGAUAUGGCUAGGCAGAUGUGUGUUGAUUAUAUGGAAAGGGAACGUGAUCAUUUCUCUCAGUUCAUAACUGAAAGUUUUACAUUAUACUGUAAGAGGAAAAGGAGAGAUAAGGUAUAUGGCAACAAUGUUGAGAUCCAGGCAUUUGCAGAGAUGUACAAUCGUCCCAUUCACAUAUAUUCCUACAGUACAGAGCCCAUUAACAUUUUCCAAGGAAGCUAUAACACAGAUGUUCCUCCGAUUAGGUUAAGUUACCAUCAUGGUAAUCAUUAUAAUUCAGUGGUUGAUCCCCGUCGACAGACAAUUGGGGCGGGCCUUGGAUUUAGCUCCCUCAGAGGGACCAAUAAUGUUGACAGGGACCAGGUGAAGGCUGCUAUAAGAGCCCAGCAAGAUCAGCAGAUUGAGAAUGCACUUUUGGCCGAAGGGAGAUUCUACUCUGAUUUGGAGUUGACAGAAAGGGAAAUAGAACGGAUGGUGAUGGAGGCCUCAAGGGCAGAGUAUCUGGCUGAGGAGAAAAAGCUUAACAUCAGAGAGUCAUCAACAUCAGGGGCAGAGCCAUCAUCUUCUGCCGCAAUUAGUGGGUCGUCUCAUUCAGCAGCAGCAGUAGAGAGAGGGAGCGACGAGUGCUUUGUGCUCCCAGACACCGUGCUGACUCGCAGCAUGCAGCUGCUCCUGGCAAUGGGCUUCAGUUACAUCCAGGUCAUGGAGGCCUACAGCAUAUUCGGCGAGGACGUGGACUCGAUGAUCUGCUACCUGGUGGAGACCGGAGGCCCUGGAGCCUCCGCAGGCGGUAGCAACCGCCGUAAAGGAAAGGCUGCUGAGUGAUGUGCACACCUUCCUUGAUGUGAAUGUGAUGGAUCGGAAUUGUUGGGCAUAAGUCAUACCAGAUAAUGACAGCCGUGUGAGUUGAGAUGUCGGUGUACCUGCUACCAUAUGGGUGACAAUAAAUGGAACUCUCCAGUUGCGACUUACAUCAGGUAUUCUGGUGUUCGAUAUGAA